AUGGACAUUCUUAUUGAAAAAUCAAGCGAAAAACUCACUACUAUUUUUCCUGGAUUACUUCGAUUUAAGAAUUAUUAAGAAUCAGGAAACGUUCAUUUAAUUAUUUUUGAUAGAAAAGCUGAUCCUAUAACUCCUCUUCUUUACGAUUUUUAUUAUUAAAGUAUUAUUUAUGAUUUGUUGGACAUUGAUAAUGAUACAAAUAUAGUUGAAUAUAAAAUAAACAAGAAAAACGAUCAAUAAGAAACAAAAAAAGCACAAAUAUCAGAUGAAGGAGAUGAAGUAUUUAUUAAAUAUAGAUAUAAGCAUAUAGCUGAAUCAUUGGAAGGCAUUCCUAAUGAUUUCUAAAAUCUAGUUAAUACAAAUUCAACAGCAUAAAUGGGAAAAUGUAAUGCGGAAGACCUCGAUUUAGAUAAAAUGUAAUAAAUAAUCAAAGACAUGCCUUAAUAUAAUGAACUAUUGGCCACAGGAAUAGAUGAUUCUGGAAAGAAACUUCAAUCGUAAAAGAUUGUUAAAUAACUCAAAGAAAUUCUAGAAAAAAGGGAAAUAUCAGGUAUAGAUAAACUUCGAGUUGCCCUUUCUGCUUAUAUAGCUAUUGAUUUGUGUGAGGCAGAUAGAAAAACUAUUAUCUCUUGUUUUACUGAUUAAGAAGGUAAGGCCUUACUUAAUCUUUCUUGGUUUGGAAUCACAUUUACAGAUAGCAAAAAAAAUAAAAAUGUGAGCGAGAUUAGAAAAUUAGAUGAAAAAAUUUUAAAGCGUAUAAUAAGAAGAUGA